GCAAGGCUUUAUUAUCCUUUCAUUGCCAUAAAUCAUGUGUCUGGUUUGGUUUGUCAACGAACAGUUUCAACUUGAACGCAGAGGGUGGUUGUAUUUGCUAAACGGGCGCCGUGGUGGUCCCUCACCAAAAACUCUGGCCAUUUUAUGACACGUCUGUGCGUAAAAAGGCGAACUUGAAGAAAGGAUUACGCUACAGCAAGAACGAAUUCUCCACUGAACAGCGAUUCAUUUAUGAUCGUUUAUCUGCAAAUUUGAUCGAUAUAGAUGAAAAGACGCCUCGUUGAGUCUUCUAAACACGAUACGGGUAUUGUCAGUGUUGAAGUAGAAUGCUUCAGACAGCUGGCUAACCGCGCUUGAACGAGUUUCGAUCAGAGAAACUAUGGAAGUUACAAGCACGACAAAACCACACGUUAAAAAGAUGAACUCGGUGAAGGAUCGCGACUACAAUAUUGUUCUGCUUGGCCAAGGAGGCGUUGGGAAGUCAGCUCUUCUGGUGAGGUUUUCUACUGGCAGAUUCAUCCAUGAAUAUCAUCCAACAUUAGAGUGUAACUGUGAUACAACGUCAGUAAUUGAUGACGAGGUUGCCGAGAUGAAAAUUUUUGACACAGCAAACACGAACGAACCUCACGUUUAUAACAACGAAUACCAAGGUUUUGUUGUCGUCUACUCCAUCACCGAUCGCAUGAGUUUCGAAACGGCAAAACAACUCGUGAAGUUGAUAAGAGAAGUGAAAAAAAUGAAAACGCCCGGUGGCUUCACUUGCGUCGCACUAGUAGGAAAUAAGAUGGACCUAAAACACGAGAGAAUUGUGAGCAGACACGAGGCGAACGACUUCGCCUCCGAGCACGAGUGCCUGUUCAUGGAGAGUUCAGCACUAAAUAACAUUAAUGUCGAGCAGGUAUUUCACGAGGUCGUGCGACAGAUGAGAAAGUGCAGGAAUAACAAGAAAAAGGACAAGAAGGGAAAGAAAAAGAAGUAAAUCAAGUCAAACAUAAACUAUACAAGCAACUUUUGCGCGUUAAGCCGGGCUAUAAAUACCCUGAUUUGUUGCGAUUAUUGAAAGUCGAUUUUUCCGAUCAAACCAGGCUUUCGAUAAGCAAUUGAUGGUUCAACCAUGCUGCAUGGUUGUUGUUGCAUAUCAUGUUCAAAACUAUAAGAUAAAAAAUAAUAAACCUAUGAUCACUUGCAUGAGGAAACGCCAUGCAUCAAAAAUCCAGAUGCCCUCCUUGAAAGACAGCAUAUAGUAUCUACUUAUAUAAAUACACUCGAAUAACUAAUAAUAAAUCACAUAUA